AUGGAUCGUCAUACAUGGAAAGCUAUACAAAUGAUUAUGAGUGACUCACAGAAGUUUUCUGAUGCUCUGCAUGGCGUUAGCUGGCAAGAGGGAUUGUCUGAUGACAUUGUACGCAGUGUUGAACCAUUCUUUGCUAAGAAUGAAGUGGGAGAGCUAGGCCAACCACUGCAGGGAAACAUUGCAAAGGCUGGAACACCCCCAGGAAAGGUUUCCCCAACGACAGGUAAGAUUCUAAGAAGCGAAAAACGUCUAUGAGCCUAUUUCAGAGAUUACCCAGGGUUCGUAGCGGUCUUUGAAAUCCUUGAAAGUCUUUAAAUUUGAAUGCAGGUCUUUAAGGUCUUUGAAAAGUCUUUGAAGUGUGUGAAAAAGCGAAGAAAGUCUUUAAAUUCUUUGGUGAUUAUUUGAUUAUACGAUUUCCUAGCUAAUAAAAUAGAUUGAUUGAAGCAAAAUUUUCGCAAAUAUCGACGAAAAAGUGCAUGUUAGGAUGUGAUUUGACGGGGCUAAUUACCUGGUAAAAAUGGUGCUUAUACAUCGCAAUUUUUCGACACCUGAUUGCUCGCAAAGGUCUUUCAAAAGUCUUUGACAAUAGGCAGAAAGUCUUUGAAAUUUUUUGGUCUUGGAGACUACGAACCCUGCUACCUGUAAACAUGGGUAUUUUAACCUCUCUAUGAGUAUAGCCAUUUUGUUUACGAAUUUUUGCUGAUGUCAGCGCGUUUUCUUGCUAAUGCGUAUAAAACAUUACGUGCUCAUACGAGACAAGCCAGGCUACAUUAUCUUGGAAGAGUCAGGAUGUAUGUUGCCCUUAAAACGUGACUCUCCCUGCACCCACUUGCAGUAAGUUCGUCUCAGUAUAUAAUACCUUGUUGUUUUUUUCCAGAACGUCGUCAUUCGCAUGGAAUAACAGUCACAGCCGCACGAUACGCCUCGGAAGAUGCUGUCAUCUUGGUAGAAUACGUUUUAGCCUUACUAGAACACACGAAGAGAUAUAGGCCUUACAAGAGGAUGUUAGAUUAUAUCACAGAACUGUCUGCUGAACAGGAAGAACACGAGCGAGUCGUCGAUGACGAAAGAUACAGCGAAGAUGAUUUACAGGAGGAGAAGGUUUGUAUUGCUUCCUUGUUUUUGUUCACUGGGCAGUGCUGGAAAAUGUCUGGCACAUGGGCGGUUCUACCUGGUUGCGCGCCCCACCUAGCAUCCCCCUGGAGAAGUCCAGCACCAACCUAAAAAAACCGCUUGACCAUACAUUUCUGCUUUUCGAAUAGUGAUUAGCGGAACUUCUACUGUUAACGCGUGUCGAUUUUUUGAAACGAUUUAAUCGUGAGCUCACGAGAAAAUACUCACAAUGCUUUGGUUAAAUAUCAUUGUCGAGGUUGAUAUACACUGUCAUAUUUUCAAAUCUACUGGGCCGGUUGUAUAAAACUCUUAAUCACUUUUUUAAUCACUAUUUUGUAGUUAAAUAGUGAUUAACUCUCAAAUACGCGCUUCUUAUUGGAUGACGUUUUCACUUAACCAUAUUUAACUUUAAUCACUUUUUUAUACAACCGGCCCCUGUAUUUUAACAAGCAAAUUUACUGUGCUGUGCUACAGCAACUGUACAGUCACACAUACGUAAUAAAAAGCCAAUAAAAACUGUAAUGUAAAACGCCAAUAAAAAGCCAAUAAAAACUGUAAUGUAAAACGCAACAGAACGGCGAACAUGCAGAUUCGGCCAUCUCAUAUGACGGUAAUGUUGGGAUAGUAGCGUUGCAGACUGCAGAGGAGAGUGGGCAGUAAGGCUUUUCAUGCACCACCCCAUGGAAAACCUGCACCCCUCCUUGCAGACGAGGCUUGAUCCGCCCCUAUUAUUUUUUUGUGCUUCUAGCCAGCAGAAAGUGAUCCUGGACCAGAGCUGACUGCAGACGAUCUCCCAAGAUUAGAAGAAGAACUGCAAACAUUACAAGAUGAUUUUGAUAAGGCAGUCAUGGUGAAAUACGACUUACAGGACGAGGUGAAUGCUUCGUCAGAGAGACUGAGAGUUGCCCAAGAGCUGUUACAAAGACUGAAAGAUUUUGAAGAAGAUUCUAGACUUUUUGUGGUGGAGUAUUCGUCCUCAGAAGUUCUCUUAUCAAAUUGUAUGUCUGCCGCUGCAUUCUUGACCUACUGUGGACCUAUGGGGAUUGAUCAAAGGUAGAAUGUGUACUUAUUUUGACCGUAGGGCUGUGCACAUUUUUGUCCUUGUGCAUUUUAAGCAACAAUGUUGGAAUCAAACAGAAAUUGAACUAUUUGUCUUGUCUUAUAGAAAAAAGCUGGUAGCAUAUUUCACGAACGCGUCUUUGAAACAUGGCUUACCAAAGGAGUCGAAACAAGUAUUUUAUGAUUUCCCCCUUUGUGAAUAUCUCAAUGGAAAGGUGAGAAAUUAGUGAUGAAAGUUGUCUAUUGAUACACAAUCCUAGUUCUUCAUCAGUGCAAAAUAGUAUCAUUAGUUAUAUUAUUGUUAGUCUAUAUAUACAUAUCUAUCUACAUAGAUUUAUCUAGUUCGGCCUUCUCGAUUUUCAGCUUGCAUUAAAAAUGCUACAACAGUCCAAGGCCCUGACUGAUCCGUUGUCUUUGGAUAACUCGUGUCUGGUGAAUCAAGAAGAGACUGCAAACACCUGGCCAUUGAUCUGUGAUCCUCAGCAUGUUGCACAAUCUUUAGUCACGGCUCUUAAUCAAGUCACUAUUGUCAAAUUUAAGGUAAACUAAAUAGUGGAUAGCUCCAUCAGUUCUAAACUGUUCUUUUAUAGUCAGGGUAGUCUCUUAGACUUACUAGUCCAGUGUAAGCAUAUAGGAGAAAAUUUAAACUAAUCUGACUUUCUUAAUACUGGACACAUAUAUCCCUAUCAGUUCUAUACUGUUCUUUCAUCUUGGACUCUGUAGCUCAGUUGGUUAGAGCGCUGCACCAGAAUCGCAAGGUUGCAGGUUCGCGAAAUUUCUGCCAGAGGGCCUGUAAUUGCAUUUUUAGCAACAUCGGUUUUGGUUUGGUCUAAAAAUGUAUAUAAAUUUGUGUUCAAAAAUUCCAUCAAAGUUUCUGUGAUCACAGUAGGAAUUUUGCAUAGGUAAAUUCUAAGUUUUGAAGGAUUUGUGAGAAAUGAGUUAAUGUUUAACACUGAGUCAGUUUCCUCAAACAUUUCUUACAAAUCCUUCAAAACUUAGAAUUUACCUAUAAUGUAAAAUUCCUACUGUGAUCACAGAAACCUUUAUAGUGUAAACCAGGUUUUAUAGUUCAAUCGAACAAGAUGCCCAAAAAUGUUGAUACUUUUUCAUAGGCAUGUAAUUGAAACCAUAGACGGAUUUUCAUAUUUUUUACUGGGGUGGUGCCAGAAAUUUUAGGGGGGGGUGAGCCGUGAGCAGGUGACUGAAGCAACACAAAGUGUCACCAAACCCCAGUAAGGUCUAUAUUCUAGGGGUGGAGCACUAGAGCCGCGAGGAGGAGUCUAGAGAGCAGAAAACAAAGUAUCCCUGGAAAAAUUUGAAAAAAAUCAUGAUUUCUAGCUUUGAAAAAAAGUUUUUUGAAGUUGUCAUAUCAAUGGAUUUGGCAUGUCCGAUUGUCUGUUGAGACUUGAGAGAGUUAAAGUUAAAUGAACCUGUAAAAGUGUAAACCCAAUAGGUCAAUAUGAAUACACAAUAUGCUUUUACUUUUAUAAAGUCAUUGACAUUGUGUCGUUUGAAUCCGAGUACAUUUUAUGAUGCAACUCCGAUGUAAAUAAUAUUUGGGGCGUAAAGAUUAAAUCUAGGCAAGUCUAUUUCCUAAAAGAAUUAAAAACUAAAAAUAAUGUUCGUAAAAUUUCCAAACGUUCCUUGCAAGCAAGCUAUUUGCAUGACAAGGCACUGCAAACUCUAUUCAGGGGAGAUAAUAGAGUUUCAAAACUUUACAAUUGGUCCAAUAAACCAGUGAAUGCAAGCGAGGAGCAAUUAGUUUCAGAGUCUUUUUCUAUUUGAGUGUACUCCUACGUUUAUUUUGUAUCAUCAACACUCUGCACGUUGGAGUGGACUAUUUAAUUAUUUUUUAUUAUGCCGAAUAUUAAGGGGGGGGGGGUGAAUUUUUUUUGGAGGGGUGGACAUUUUGUUUGGGGGUUAUAGCUAAUAUUGGGGAGUAGCACCCCCCUGCACCCCACACACAAAACCCGUCUAUGGUUUAUAAUGUAUAUUGGUGAAGAAUAAAAGUAAAAAAAUAUUUAGUUUUAAUCAGAAAUAACUAAUAGAAGUCUUCACUUUUCUGGCUAUUAAUUUUCGACUAUUUUUUACAUAAACAAAUAUUGGUAUAGAAUAUAAUACUGUGCAACUACGAGCUCGACAAUGAGUUUUUUUUCUCCAUAAAAGUAUCCACACCGUUUCUUUUCAGAAAAAAAGACGAAAGCUGGUAGCAGACGUGGAAGGUAAAAAUGUUGAAAACAGUUUACUAACGGAUUAUUGCACCUCUGCUCAAUUGUAUUAAAAUUUAAAAGAUAUAAGUAGUUAUAUAAGAUUUACAUAUUUUAAUUAAACAGAACAAUCUAGUGAUCAAGCUAGGAUGAUGGUUGACCAUAAUCCAGUCAUUGAGGAUAAUAUUACAGGACUGCAAGGUGGAGUAGAAAUAUAAUAUUUAACUUCUUUAAUACCCAUCUCUUCUACAGUACUCCUCAUUUUGUCCCCAGACAAGCAAUGUAUUGGGAAAUCCUAAAACAUAACCCAAAAAAAAUAUAUUAUGGUACAAUCUACAAAGAAACUAUUAUUAUAGUGAGAGACUGAGAGUGUAUAGAAAUGGUAAUCAUACUAUACCUUGGCACUGGCUUACUCUUGUUUUUCUUUACUGAUAUAUCCAGACCAUCAAGAGGAUUUACAAGAAGCAAAGACUGCAGAAUUUUGUGGUCAAACCAGCAGCACCCUUACAACCAACACACCUAGAAAAAAGAGGCAGAGAAAAGUCAUAGAGGCAAAAAAUAAAAAGAUUAGCAGAUUGAAUAAGAAGCUGAGCAAGGUCAUACGAAACAAGAAGACCCAAGAAAGUGCCCUGGAUGAUGCCCUCAAAAAGCUACCCCCACAUUUGGCUGGCUUUGUUAAAUUGCAAUUCGAUCUCCACACAGCAAAAAAGCAUGGCAGGCGUUACUCACCAGAGAUGAAAUCCUUGGCAAUUUCACUGUUUCAUGCUAGUGGAAAAGCAUAUCGUCUCUUGUCCAAACUUUUUAUCUUGCCAACACGAUCUUCCCUUCUGGACUAG